AACUCUUUUUUUCCAAUUUACAAGGUUUCUUUGUUCUCCUGCUCCCCGUUGGUCUCCACUGUCCCACCACUCCACACAGACUUUAAAAUACAAAGAAAUAAACAACAAACUGAAAGCGGCGCAGACACAAACGAGUUGCAGAAGGUGCACAACAAUGGGAGCUAUGGCUCCGCCUCCUCAUUGGAUUCCUCAAGACGACGUUUUGCUCAAAAACGCCGUUGAGGCUGGUGCUUCUUUGGAAUCUCUAGCUAAAGGUGCUGUGCAAUUUUCUCGGAGAUAUACUGUACAGGAGCUGCAAGAUCGCUGGGUUUCUCUUCUCUAUGAUCCUGUUAUUUCUGUAGAGGCAUCAACCUACAUGAUUUGGGUUGAACGUUUUGGGGUAACAAAUCAAUUGAGACCUAAUAAGUUCGAAGGAGUAAAAGAUAUAGCUUGCAGUUCAGGGAAGAGAAAAGCUGAAAGUGUCCGGAAGUAUUAUUAUGCCAUGCGUAAAAGAAUCUGUAAUGAACCACUGGAUAUGAUGGGUAUCAAUCUUGCUUCUGGACCUGGUUGUUCUAAAUUUAGAGAGGGUAAUGAAUUCUCAUCUGUAGAUUGCAAAGUUGGCAAUCCAUCUUCAAAUAUUCUGGGAGGUCAAGGCCCAGAUUACAGCAUUACGCCUCAUCCCUUUGCUGAAUUUGGGCCGCAUGCUGCCGAGUCCACUGGAAAUGGUCUUACGCCCUCUUUCAGUGGUGUUCAAAAUCAUGGGCAAGAGGACCUUGGUGGGGAAAAUGUGUCAAACAACCUUCCUUAUCCAUAUGAAGAGAAUAUCUCAUUAACUGGGGAUUGCAGUGAGAUCCCUGGAUUUGGCCAAUCAAAAGAUUUGCCUCUCUGUAACUUGUUUGAAACUGAGGGUUUAGUGAACCAGGCUAGUGCGGUUUCAGAAUUUGGUGAUCAGUCAUUUCCUAGUUUUGGGUGUUCACCUCCUAUGCCUCAGAUGCCAAUUUGGCAUAGUUCCGAGGACAUUUCUGCAACAGAACUGCCCAUUGAAAUUGUAGAUGCAGACCUGCAGCUAGGAGAUGAAUUUAUGAUUCCCCAGACUGCAAAUGAGUCAGAUGCAUUAGGAUAUGGUUGUGGCCCCUCAAACCUUAAAUUGGAAACUCCACUCUCUUGUGAUAGCAUGAUAGAUAUGACUUCUAGCACACAGGAAUAUCUUGAGGUGUUGUUCGACCUUUCUAAUGACGAAGGGCUACUCUACAUGGAAAAUGAUGGAAAGGAGGGUAUAGAAAAGUCUUAUCUUGAUGGUUUGAGUUCGCUUCUAUUGGAUUCUCCCAAUCAGUGCGAUUUGUCUGGUUCAGGUCUAGGCGAGGCUGCAGUGGUUCCAGAUGGACAUGUAGCUGAAAGAAGUGAUACACAUGAUGGAGGGUCCUAUGACAAGGGCAUCCGUGAUCAGCAGGAAGUUGCAGAUGCUCAAGUGUCAGCCUCUGAAUCUACUAUGAAAGUAGGUCCUGAAUAUCGUAAUGGAGUCAUUUGUUGCACAUUAAACACCGAAGACCCAGAAAUUCCUAGCAAUGAUGAUGUUUUUCUUCCCUUCCGGUUUCCUUCUCCUACUAAUUCCUCAGGGGCUCACUGGGCAUUGCAUGAGCCUAGCUAUCUUGGGUCCUCAUCAGUUAAAAAAUUCUCAAGCACUUGCAAUGCAAAUGGAGGACAUCUUUUGAUGAAAAACACCCGAAAAGAUUCAUCUGUUCCUUCUGGCAGGAUGGGAUCAUUCCAUCCGUCAGAUGCGGGUUUAAGAUGCCGAAGAGAUAAUGGAGUUAAAUUCGAGCUGCCCGAAAGUAGCGUCCAGCAUGCAGCACUUAGAGAAGCUCAGAACAGUGACAGUCCGAAUCAUGUCAGUUUAGCAAAUGUGAAUGCCCACAAUUCAAUCACUGGAGUUGUUAAGGGAGGUCCCACAGAGAUGGGACAGGGAAAGAAUAUUGGUUUUACAUCCCUUGGCCCUUGCCAAGACAAGCAUGAAAGUAGUUUGCAUCUUCAUCAAAACCUUCAAAAGAAUUCUAUUGGCAGUCGGAGUGCAGUGGAUGGCAUAGCUGAAAUUCCAAAUAAUGGGUCAUCAAAUGUGGACUUGAGUUUCCAGCAAACUGAUGUCCCAAAGGCAAUGGAUCACUCCCUACUGUCAGAUCACGAGGAGCUCUUGUCUGAGAGUGAAUUUGACGUGCCUUAUUUUUCUGAUGUAGAAGCAAUGAUCCUAGAUAUGGAUUUGAGGCCAGAUGAAUUUGAUUUAUACACCAGUCCUGAAGUUCAGCUAUAUCAACUUGAAGAAACCAAGAGAACAAUCAUAAGACUGGAACAGGCAGCUGAUGCUUUCACACAGAGAGCCAUUGCUGGUCAGGGCGCAUUUGCUGUUUUAUAUGGGCGUUGCUCAAGACAUUUUAUAAAGAAAACUGAGGUGUUACUGGGCAGGGCAACAGAUGAUAUUAAAGUUGACAUUGACUUGGGAAGAGAAAAAAAUGGUGGUAAAAUUUCUCGAAGACAGGCUACAAUGAAGAUGGACAUGCAUGGAGUGUUCCAUUUGAAGAACCUCGGAAAAACUCCAAUUUACAUAAAUGGCAAAGAAGUAGCCCCUGGACAGAGCCUAGGCCUUACUUCUGGCUGUCUUAUUGAGGUAAGGGGAUUGAGCUUUGUGUUUGAGACAAACCGUAAAAUGAUAAAGCAAUACGUCGAUAGCUCUGCAGGAGGAGAGGUUUUAGCAGAUUAUAAACCUUCGAUGAGAAGUUGAACGAGAUAAUCAUAUUCAGGAAGGUGCUACUUUUUUCCCAACACUUUCUUGAAUCGGUACAUGUAUAGAGUAGUCACCAUUAUUUUUUUUCCUUCUCUCAUAGUUCCAACAUUAGGUGGACUACAGCUCUUUUCUGCUAACGAGAUUUUUUCUUGCAUCUGUUUACUCCUAACCACAUUUUUCUUGAACCUGGAUAGCUACAAAUUUAGCUUGUUCAUAUGCUGUAGAAACUCUAAUUUCACAGGAAUUAAGCCAAGUAGAAGAAAAGUUCUACUAAA